AUGGAUCAAGAAGAUGAAAAUUCUGUCGAUAGCACCCAAUCGAUAAAUGAAUUUCGUUUAGGGGAUCGAGUUCUUAUAUCAGAAAUAGGUCCGAAUCAUGCUCAACGAAGAAAUCUGUACAAUAACAUUAGCUGGACAAAAACCCAUAUGGCUCUUCUUGGACAUGUCGGAUUUAUCUACAGUCUAAAUGAAGCAAGAAGAACCGCAGAAGUCCGAAUUUUUUACACACUUCCUCCCUGUACAGAUCUUUUACAAAUUCUGACAGAAUGGCCUCUAGAAGCUUUGGAAUAUCCUCGAAUGGUUGAACAUUCGAAAGGGGAUGUUGUAGCAAUAACACGUGGCGACCCAAUAAAAACUUCAAUUGGAGUGAUUGCUGCAAAUGAGAUCGUCAGCUUUGAAGGUGUUCCAAAGUGGUAUGUCUCUCUGAAAAAUGCUGAAAAUCCAACGGUGAUGAGAGAUAUUCAAGUGACUGUCGAUGUGAAUCCAGGAUGGACUGAUGGGAGAAGGGACUUGUUUUUGUGCCCGGUUUAUUCGGGACCAAGGUUGUCAAUGAUCACAAGAGAUAGAAAUGAGCACAGUAUUCAUACUUAUAAACACACUAUUCACGGUUAUACAACGGAAAACUUGAUGAACAUUAUCAUAAACUGGACAGAAGACUCUGGAAGUUAUGCUAAAUUGGUUGAAUCGAUUCGUGCGAAUCCUCAACAAGUUCGCAGUCUAUUUGAUGGACAGCUUCCUCUGUUCCGUGCAGUUUCUGAUGAUCUGUGGAAUGUAGUUGUGAUGUUGAUCUCACUGGGAGCUGAUAAGACUGUACGGGAUGGAAGCGAAAGAACUAUUGUCCACGUGGCAGCUGAGAGAGGACUCGAUAAAAUGUUAGAAGGUGUUUUACUCUUACUUCCAAAAGAGGUCAACUCUCAAUCUGCCAACGGAGAUACUCCACUUCAUCUGGCUGCUCGACACGCUCAUGCAGCAUGCAUUGAUCGUCUUCUGGGAACUAGUGCUUGUCUUCCGUGUGUUGCUAAUAAGAAUGGAGACACUCCGCUACAUGAAGUUUGCAAACUUCCAGAAUCUGGAAAUAAGAAAGCAGCCAUCAGUCGAAUUCUAACCAACACGCGUGCAAAUAUUCAUCAGAUGAACAACUCAAGUAUGACACCGUUGCAAAUUUCGAUUGCUGAGGGGCAUGUCAGCACGGUUGAUCAACUACUUCUUCUCCGUUCAUCCCACCGUAAUACCACAACAAAAAAUGGAAUGAAUGCACUACAUUAUGCCGCUGGAUGUGGUCAUGUGAAUGUUGUGAAUAAGUUGAUUUCUUUAGGGCUAGAAGUCCACCGGCGGGACAAGUUCGGCCGUGGAGUUCUUCACUAUGCACUGGAAAAAUGGACUGGAGAAGCUGACAAAGAUUGUGGUCGUUUGGCAACAAUCCAAGCUCUUGUCAGAGCUGGAGCCCCGUCCAAUCUAGUCGAUUUGAAUGGACAAACUCCCCUGUUUCAGCUUAUUAGAGAAAUUAUGAAAACGAACGAGCAGUAUCCGCCGACAUUGAUUCCAGUGUGUGCUCAGCUGAUUCGUACUAACCUGAACCUUGAUGAAAUGGCAAGUCGACUUCGUCCGAAAUGGCAGUUGGCCACAAUUUGUUUCAUGGUUUCCAAUGGUGCUGAUUUGAAUAUUAAAGAUAGAAAAGGAGUGAGUGCCGUUGAUCUUUGUACUGGUUCAUCUCUUCGUCCAAUCAUCGUUCACAUUUCGCAGACCAAACAGAGAACCGUUAUGCCAAUGAUGUCUAUGGCUCUCGAUAAAUUCGAUGCUGCAGAAGUCACAAUGUGCACAUUUUCAUGUUUGGAUUCUGUUGCAACUGUGAAACUGAAUCCAUGUGGACAUCGUGUUGCAUGCGUUGAUUGUGCUGAAAAAACUGCCAUUCGACGCUGUCCAGUGUGUUAUCAGUUUAUUGCUGAAGCACAUGAUCAAGAUGGUGUUCCUGUUCAAAUCGGUUUCCGAUCCGGCGAACCAUCAGACUUUGAUCGUAAAACCCCGCAAUUAUCUGCUGAGUACUGCAAGAAAAUCGCUGAAGAUGCUGCUCGAGAGGCGAAGAUUGAGGUCGAACGAGAGAAACAGAAUGAGCUAAACUUGUUGAAAAAGAAGUUGGAGCAGUUGGAAUUAGAAACUAGUUGUGCUAUUUGUAUGGAUUCGAAAAUUGAGAUUGUCUUCAACUGUGGACAUACUGCUUGUGUUGAAUGUGCGGAUAAGCUCAACAAACAAUGUCACAUCUGCAGAAAAACAAUCGAGACAACUCAACCCAUUUACUCUUAA